CUCAUAGGUAGAGCUGUAGUGCAGCACAAGAGAGCACUACUGUAUUGACUGAGUGUUGACCACAAGAAGCCAAUCGAGUGAUGGAAGCAAUGAAUGCCGAAACGAAGGCCCGGUUGUCGACUAUACUGUCAUUAGUGCGGUUGGCCUACAACUACUCAUACAUCCCAGUCAUCAUCUACUUGGGUCUCAAGAAAGGCGCCGACCCAGGGAUGCCUGAACUGACGCCCUCCAGGAAUGCAAUGAAUGACUGGAAUAUAGAUUCUGUGCGCAAACAACAGAUAACUGGAGCCACGAGAGUGUCAACAGACAAACUGAUGGUGGAGUUACCGAUCGAUAUGUGUUACAGUUGUUUGGAUUCAAUCGAUUCAAUACAUGCAGUGAUCGCCAAUAAGACUGUCCCAUAUAUACAUUAA